AUGACAGUGCCCGGCAAGACAAAACUAGUAUAUCAGUACCAUGGGAAGCUCACGGAGCUCGCGACAAAGGUGCACUCUGUCCGGUCCUUUGGGAGUCUGGAGGAUGCCAAUCGACUUCUCUUCAAGAAUGGCGCUGACGACGACUUUGUCGUGGUAACUGGUGAGACCAUUUUUCACCCUCAGGGCGGGGGGCAGCCAUCUGACCAAGGUUUCAUGAACUGGAGCCCCAACGGCACGACAGCAGCCGACUUAUCCUUCCGAGUCGAGGCCGUCCGGAUGGACGCAGUCAAUGGCUCGCAGGUGCUGCACCUUGGCUCAUUUACAACGCCCGCCGCAGCGUCGCAAUUGCAGCCCGGCGACCGAGUGAAGCAGGUCCUGGACGUGGAAAAACGACUCUUGUACUCGCGCCUCCACACAGCCGGCCAUGUGCUGGGUUCCGCCGUGCGCAGUUUGCUGGAGACGGAGAUCCCUGGCUUUGACGAGCUCAAGGCGUCGCAUUUCCCCGACAGCGCAGCCUGCGAAUUCCGGGGGGCCAUAGAGGGGAAGUGGAAGGAGCCGAUUCAGCGACGCGUCAACGAAUACCUGGAGAGGUCAAUGCCCGUGGAGAUUGACUUUUGGACCGAGCAAGACUUUUGCAGGGAGGGCUUGGAGCGGCUGAUUCCCGAUCGGAGCCUGUUGCCCCCCGGCGAGGACAAGUUCCGCGUCGUGCGCAUUGUCGGGGCAGAGGUCUAUCCUUGCGGGGGGACACAUGUCGAUACGACCGACUUGUGUGGCGAAACCACUGUCAAGAAGAUUGCCAGAAGUAAAGGCAUUAGCCGGGUAAGCUACACGGUGACAUGA